GGUUUUUUCUUUUUUUAAUUCUCGGCAGGCUAGGCCAGCGCAGCAGGAAGAGAGAAGGAUCCGAAUUUCUAGGAGAAAGCAAUCCUGAAAUGUGAAAUUUGAUGUCUGUGUUUAUUCCAGAUUGACGAUGGACACUUUUGGAUAACUGCUCUACGUAUUAUAGAUCAUUUUUAGAUUUUUAGUAUCAUUCUAUCUCAGUUUGCCAGCGGACAAGCUAAUUUUGCAAGGCAAAUCGUUCCUCCGGAUCCGGUCGGAGCACUGAGUGAAGAGUAGCCAAGCCGCUGCACCCCCGGGCUGAACAACCCAGUCUCUGCUUGCCUGCCUGAGCUGCUGUGCUAGUUCCAAUAUGGUUAUUCAAGAAGGGAAGUGUACAGACGUUGUUUUCGUUAUUGAAGGGAAUGCUUCUCUUGGUGCUUAUUUUGAUGAACUAAAGGGAAACUACAUUCUUCCCACUUUAGUGCAUUUUAAUGGAGGUCCACUUAUUGACUCAGAUUUUACUGGAGAUUAUGGAAAGACAGUCUUUAGCCUUGUGGUCUUUAACAGUGUUGACUGCUUUCCUGGACCGGCCAUCAGUUGUACAGCACCAACAAGCAAUGCCAAGGAGUUUAUGAGGACACUUGAAAAAAUACUAUUCAUCGGAGGAGGUGGUGAAAGUCACAGUCUGUUAGCCGAGGGUCUAGGGGGAGCCAUGCAGAUAUUUGAUCAUAUGAAGAUUAGGAGAGAAGCAGGGACAAAGAUAGAUAGAAUGUGUAUCCUGAUCACAAACUCACCUCCUUUCUCUAUCCCAGCCAUGGAAUGUGGUCAUUAUAGUGGAUACACGGCUGAGCAGCUAGCCGUCCUUAUGGGCGAGCGGAAUGUCAACCUCUCUGUCAUGUCACCAAGGAAGCUGGGUGUCCUGCAGCGGCUCUAUGACAAAUCCUGUGCAGAGCUACAGGUUUUACCAAACAAGGAUUAUGCCAAGGACGAAAGACACCUCAUCCUGCUCAAAGGUUUUGAACUCCAAGAGCGUGUGCCUGACAGCAAAGAGAGUAAACAAGUGACUGGGAAUGCAUCGCCAAGACGAACGCUGCCCUCUAGCGGUAUGAAGAAUAGUCCUGGUCAAAGUCCGAACACCAAAUUCAAGGUACCAACUACGCAAUCCAUUGCAAGCCAAGGAGGUGCACAAGGUAAGUACUGCACUCUAUAUUAAUAUCAUGGAAUGUUAUGGUAUACAAAUAAUGCAUGCACAUGAGUUCAUUAUGCGAUCUAUCCUCACUUGAGUUGAGGCACUGUUCAGUCCAUUGCACUAAGCCGUUAGUCCAAUGGGGUGGACACAGCCUCAUCAAGAGUGGAUGGACGAAUGAAGACAUGCAUCAUAUGGUUUAUACAACGACUCUUCUAGAUUGUGUUAUUUGACAAAAUAGAAGAAAAAAUAACCAAAGGAGAUGGAAUCAAAAUGUAUUUGUCUUUUUCCGACAAUUCAUUUUCUCUGAAAACAUGAUUAUCUUCUCUUCCCCUUGCAUGAAUGCAGUUGUUUUUGUUCUUUUGUGACGCACUUUGAUUCAUGAAUCCGGGCGCAGAGUCAGCCUUGUUAAUGCGCACAAACACACACACACGUAUAAAAUGUACGUACACGUACAUGUUCAGUGGAACACACUGAGGGAGAGAGCUCAACCGUGCAAUGGAAAAAAAUAGCAGUCUCUGUGCAAUGGAAAAUAAAUGCAGCACAAAAUGGAUCAAAUAUUGAAUGGCUUUCAACCAAUCAAAUAACAAGAAUCUUUGUGUGAGUUGUAUAAUAUUUAUUAGUUCUUGCAUCACAGUCACAAAUUAUACUGAAUUGCACAUGGAUAUACAAUACUAAAAAGUGUAGUUUAUGACAUUGGUAAUAUUUAGAAGAUUGGAAAGUACAUGCGUCACACAUUUUACAUGAAUCAUUGAUAUCACUGCAAAUUCGCCAUCUGAAACAUUUGGCAAAAAGAAGCUGCUGAAAACUGCCUAUCUAAUAAAAGAGAGCCAAUGGAGUAAAUUAGAAAGUCAAAAGGGGCCUAAGCUUUCGAUCCUAGCAGAAUCUUCGUCGGAGGCAAAAUGACAAACAUAUAAAGUAGAACAACCAUAAUAUAGACCACAGACAAGCUACAGCAACACUUGAAACAAGGAGACAAAAGGGGCAUUAGUGAGUAGAGAAGACCAAUCAGGUUAGUGAAGGGGAUGAAAGAAAAGGAGUAGGCAGACACAAAGGGAAGUUAGUGUAAGUAGUGUAAGUAAGUAAGAGGGGGAGGGGGAGGAGGAGGAGGAGGAGGAGAGGAGAAAGAAAAAAGAAGGAGGAAAGGAAAAAGAACAUAUAAAGUAUGGAGAAAGUUGUGAGAAAAAUAAAGAGGGUAGAGAAAUGGAAAGAAAGGGGAAGUUCUAAACUACAAAUACAUUUGUAUGUUCAAGGAUAACAGAGAGGUAGGUAUUAAAAGAGCAUAAUACAUGUGCAUUACUAUUAAAAGGCAGAACAGCGUAUAUAUUGCAAUAAAGAUUCCGAGUAUUGAAAUGAUAAACAAAAAGAUAAAAUCACAUGGUUUAUGGUUUGGCAUUAGAUACAAAAUAAAUUGAAGUCUGGCAAGAAGUACAUAUAUAGAUGCAUAUAUUAUGGUUCUGUUAUACUUAAAGUGAAUAGUAUUCAUGAACACAAAGUGUUACGAUAAGUUUGUUAUUGAAAUUAAAGUUGAUCAUUUUUGGUUCAAAAGCUUACCAGAUAGCGUAAAACACUCUUUUUAUACACUUUUUCACUUAGCCUACUGUGUCUCAAUUGUCUUAGGGAAAAUUAAAAAAAGGGAUUUUGCAAAGUUUAGGCAAAGCAAUUCUCCUCUGUUCUCAAAAAGGACAGCUUACAUGCUUUGAGAGCCUGUCGGUACGAAUCAUAUCUUACUCCUAAUAUUGCAAGCAGGGCCUGCUUUUUGAUUGACUCUAUUUGAGCCUCCUGGGGAGCAUUUCUUGAAUAUAUUUGUCCGACAAGUUGUAGGUGCUGGCAUCUUUCCUUGGUUUUGAUUGGCUGAGAGGCAUUAUUGCUAUGGUAACUGUCAGAUAAAACAGGACUUUUCAGAUAAAAUGACAAGUCCUUUAAUGAAACGCUCCCCAGGUCUUAUAUAUGAAAAGGAGACUCUAAUCAGAUCAAACAUUUUUACAGCACUGCAAUUCUAGGACUUUUUUAUGGAAAAAAAUUCAAAAUUAAAAAAAAAGAUUUUUUUGACUACUGGUAAUUAAUUAUGCGAAUUCUGUAUGUUUUUGCCUUUUAAAUCACUUAAAUAGCUAUUAGAAAGCUAAUUCUGGUGAAAACACUAAUUCUGAAAUUUCUAAGAAAUACCUACCAAAACAAUCGUAAAACAACUAAUUUCCUGUGUAGUUUUGUGAAUUUCUUAUUUAUUUCUUUGUUUUUUCAAAUUAUUAUUUUUGGUGAUUAACUUUGUUGGGAACUGUUUCACGAUAAUUCGCUUUGAUGAAUCUAUUUAAACCAGCAAAAGUAAAAAUAAUCUUACAUUUAUUAUUUUUAGUGGAAAACUCAAUUUGCAUUGACUUUUACAUAAAAUGAUAUUUUUGAGCACUUACAAAAUGUUGCAGAAUUUCAGAACAGCUAACCAUAGGCAUAGCAUUUUUGUCUUAUUGAGAAAAAGAAUAAAGAAAGCCGCUCCAAAGCAUAGCAUUUUCUUCAUAUCGAG